UAACAGUUUCGUUUCUUUGCGAAGGUGGAGCCUGGCUUUCUGACGUCUUUUGCUCUAGCGGUUAAAUAAGGAGGCAAAAAUCCCUCUCAAACUAACAUCGCUGCAAGGAUUGGAGAUUUUGGUUUGGAGAUCGGAUAGGACGGGCUCAGGAUGGUGGAGCAACAGCCCAUUUAUAACCCGAUUAUCCCCUUCACUGGAGUUAUAUUUGGUGGACUUCAAGAUGGGAAGAUGGUGAUAAUUCAAGGACAGGUGCCAGGGCACGCCAAGAGGUUUGCAGUGGAUUUUCAGUGUGGUAGCAGUGCGAAGCCACGUGCUGACGUUGCCUUUCACUUCAACCUGCGUUAUGAUGAGGGGACCGUGGUCUGCAACACACUGGAGCAUGAGUGUUGGGGAUGUGAAGAGAGGAAGCCCCAGUUACCCAUUUCCUGCGGCUCAUACUUUGAACUGAUCUUUAAUGUACGCAGUUACUGUUUCCAGGUUUCUGUGAAUGGUCAGCAUUUCAUUGAGUAUAACCACAGGCUGCCUUACACUAGAGUGGACACACUCAAGGUUUCUGGAGAUGUCCAUGUGAAUGCCAUCACCUUCAGGAGCCCAAACGUUCCUCCAGCAUAUGCUCCUCCUGCUUACUCCCCAGUUCAGGCUUCCAAUGUCCAGUCUGUAUAUGGCCUCAGUCCUGGAUUUUCAUUUCCUGCCUGGCAGAACAAAGCAGCUAAGUCACCCACCAAAGUGGUUGUCUCUAGUCCAGUGGUUCCAUACCAGGCCUACCUAGGAAGCAUCCAGCCUCAGCAGAAUAUACAAGUUGUUGGGACUGUGAAACCCAAGCCUUACAGGUUUACCAUUAAUCUAAAGACGAGUUAUUCUGAUAACAUUGCUCUCCACAUAAAUCAAAGAUUUGAUGAAAACGCUGUGGUGAGGAACAGUCGCAUCAACCAGAACUGGGGUACAGAGGAGAGGAGCCUGCCCUUUCUCCCAUUCGUACCGGGUCAGACCUUUAAGGUGCUGAUUGUGGUCCAACCAACCUGCUACAAGGUUUCAGUCAAUGGAAGACAUCUGUUCAACUUCAACCAUCGGCUCCAACCCCUGAACCAGGUCGAUCAAUUGGAGAUCACUGGCGAUAUCAGUCUUUCUCUUGUGCAGUACUAACAUUUUUGAAAUAAAUCAUUUGCUUUUUCCGUGAAA